UGCAUAGAACGUUCCGAGUACAUACAGGAAGGCGCACGUUUACUGUUCUCGACUUCGAGAGCUCAGCGGAUGACACCUGUGCAGCCGUCGUAACAUCCUCACGUCAAAUGCUUUCAAACGUUGUGAAGCAGCACGAUCUGUGAGCCCCCUUCUGAGUACAUACUGCACAAACCUCUAUCCAGUUCACAUUAAAUUGCCUUGGCCCAUGCAUUCCAGACAGCUGCGGCCCGUCAACUCUGUGCCAAGCUUACGUUGAGCCUGCAAAAUCUCGAGCUGAAAGGCGUGAAUGUCAGGGAUGUCGUCGUUAGCGGCGAAGUUGCCAGCAACAUCUUUUUACGCGAAAGGUGAGUUUCUAGAAGUCAGUUGUCUUUUUCGUGCUCGGCUCCGAGCAGCACUGGAUGAGUACAGCUCUGAUGAGCGCACAUUGCUCCAUUUCCCCCCGCUGGAAUUGUGCACAAGUCAGCACUUCAAUAUGCCGAUCGAUUCACAGGGUUUGAAAUUCGAUACAGACAAUGCAGUGAUGAUUGAAUGGGCUUCGAUGCAUCGGUUCCUCGCUGGUGAUUAUGAUGACUAUUUAGUAGACCUUUGUAUCAAGUGGAGCAUCGAGGAUAUCAGAGUAUGAAGCGUCUUGCAGGUAUGAUUAGUCGUAUGCUCUUCCUCGAUGUAUUCAAUCACAAGGACUCCCACGU